AUGGGUAAACAUGCUAUUCCAGAAAAUCCAAUGGAGAUCACAUCAGCAGAUCACAUCAUUGCAUUGCCUCGAACAGAAGCAGAAUUAGCAAUUGGCACCGUCAUAACUGAUAUGGAACAUAAUCAUCAGCUAGAUUAUCCCUUAGAAGCUAGAAAAGUGGCAAUUCAGAAUAUAGAGACUUCAAAUAUGAAAAAUAAGAUAAGAUUUGAUGAGAGAAGACUAGAACAUGAUUUUCAAGUAAAUGACUAUGUGAUGUAUGAAUGGCCUAAAGCGGAUGAUCACAAAUUAUCUCCUAAAUACAAAGGUCCAUACCAGAUUACAAAAAAAGUUGGAUCUGUUUGUUAUGAAAUUAAAAACCUACAAAAGCUGAAACAGAAAAAAAUUGUUCAUGUACAGUACUUAAAACCUCUAAUCUCUUCCCCAAACCUAGACUGUCUUUCAGAUGAAGAACACAAUAAUUACAACCAUGAUGAUGAUGAUGACAACCAAAUUGUGAACACCCCAGAAAUCCCUAAUAAAAUAUAUGAGGAUGAUGAUAAUGGCAAAGUACCCUAUACCACAAGCAGAGGAUGCCAUACAAGAAGGAAAAUUCAACAUGUAUAA